UGCUGCUGCUUCUGAAGGCUCGCAGGAUGGCCGCCCUUGUGACGUCACUGCUGUCGGCGCUGCUGCUCGCCCACCUGCCCGCGCCCGCAGCAGCUUCCGGGGGCUGCCACUCGGCGCUCGGCAUGGAGGAGGGCCGCAUCCCGGACUCCGCGGUCUCCGCCAGCUCCUCCUAUGAGCCCAAGUCUGUGGGGCCGCAGAACGCCAGGAUCCGGCAGGAGAAGAACGGCGGCGCGUGGUGCCCCAAGGCGCAAAUCAGCAGCGAGGUGCAGGAGUUCCUCGAGGUGGACCUGGGCCGGCCGCACCUCAUCACCGCCACCGAGACGCAGGGCCGCUUCGGCAACGGCCAGGGACAGGAGUACGCCGAGUCCUUCCACCUGCUCUACUGGAGGGACGCGCUGCAGCGCUGGGCCGUCUACCGGGACGCCAGCGGGCGCAAGGUGCUGAGGGGGAACAGCAACACCUACCUGGCGGUGCGGCAGCAGCUGGAGCUGCCGUUCGUGGCGAGCCGCGUGCGCUUCAUGCCCUACUCCCAGCACACCAGGACCGUGUGCAUGCGGGUCGAGCUCUACGGCUGUCCCUGGACGCAGGGCGUGCUGCGGUACUCGGCACCUGCGGGCGGCGGGGGCGGUCCCGGCGCGCUGGUGGACGGCGUUCUGGGGGGCUGCGGGGGCGGCGGCGGCGGCGGCGGCGGCGGCGGGGGCGGCGCCAUGCGCUCGGACCGCGCCGCCGAGGCCGGCGUCUGGUUCUCCGACUGGCGGUGGGUGGGCUGGAGCAACGCCAGCCUGGGCGGCCAGCCGCUGGAGCUGGAAUUCGAACUGGAGACGCCGAGGGAGUUGGCAGCCACCCACCUUCAUGUUCUGCACGCGCCGCAGCUGGGCGUCCAGGUGUUCACGGAGGCGUCGGUGUGGCUGAGCCUGGACGGCGUGCACUACCAGUGGGCGACGGCGCCGGUCAGCACGGGGGCGGCGGGGGCGGCGGGGGCGGCGGGGGCGGCGGACUCGGCCCCCUCGUGCGUCAACGUGAGCCUGCCGCUGCACAGCCGCGUGGCGCGCUUCCUGCGCCUGCAGCUGUACUUCUCCGCCGCCUGGGUACUCGUCAGCGAAGUGCGCAUCGACUCGGCGGCGCUGCUGCAGAACGUGUCGCAGGAGGCGCUCGAGGAGUUCUUCCUGCAGCAGGACGCCGCGGCGCAGCAGCCGGCGCAGCCGCCGGCCCACACCGCUGGCGCGCCGGGCGACGCCACGCGCGCGCGCAACGGGGUCGCCACCGCGCUCAUACGUAAAUGGACCCCUGUGAACCUACCGACAGUGGAGACGAUGUCAGCUGGACAGCGGCGCGCGCCUUUUGCAGCGACGGCGGCGAGCAGCGGCCAGCAGGCGUACAUCGGGCUGGUGACGGGCGCGCUGGCCGUGGCGCUGCUGCUGCUGCUGGGCUGCACGGUGCUGCUGAUGGUGCGCCGCGGCCGCAAGAAGGUGGCGCUGCUGCACAAGCACACCGCGCUCGUCUCCAACGGCGUCGCGCUCAACAUGAAGGAGAUGCUGGCGCCCGGGGGCGGCGUGCUGGGCGUCGGCGCCGGCGGCGGCCUCACGCGCGUCCUCACGCCCUGCAAGCCCAAGGCGGCCGCGCCGGCGGCGGGGGGCGCGGCGGCGGGGGCGGUCGCGGGGGCGGCGGCGGGCAGCAAGGCCGGCGGCGGGGGCGGCGGCGGCGGCGUGGACAGUGAGGACAGCGAGGGCUCGAGCGUGUACCACGAGCCGUACAAGCUGCUCGCCAAGGCGGGCGCCGGGGGGCACCAGGAGUACGGCUGCCUGCUCACCGCCAGCAAGAGCGUCGGCCAGUACACCGACUUCACGAGCGUGGCCAGCUUCCAGGAGGAGGUGCGCUUCGCGUCGCCGUCUUUCCACAGCGCGGCGGCGGCGGCGGCGGUGGGGCGGCCGCCCUCGCAGUUCGAGUUGCAGCCGUUCGCGACGCCCACCAAGGCCGCCGCCCCCGCAAGCGCCACCCCCGCCGUGCCCGAGGCCUACUACGCCGCAACCGACAUCGUCAUGUCGGAGCGGCGCGAGCAGCACCUGGAGCCGGGCUGCUUCACGACGGUGCGCAUCCCGAGCGAGGCGCCGCCAGAGACGACGCCGCUGCUGCAGUUCCCCAGGCACCGCCUGCGCCCGCUAGAGAAGCUCGGCGAGGGCGCCUUCGGCAUGGUGCUGCUGUGCGAGGCUGAGGGAGCCCCCGAGUACGACAGCGUCACGUCGUCGCACAAGAAGCAGAUGGUGCUGGUCAAGUCGCUGUGGAGGGGCUGUGGCGACUCCAAGAGACAGGAGUUCCUGCACGAGGUGGGCUGGCUGGCGAGCCUGCGGGACGACAACGUGGCGCGCGCGCUGGCCGUCUGCUCUGCCGAGGAGCCGCUCUGCUCGCUGCACGAGUACGGGGAGAUGGGCGCGCUGCCCGCCUUCCUCUCCAGGCCGGAGGGCCACGAGCUGAGGUAGGGUGCAGCCAUUGUUUACGGAUGUCUCAUAUAUAUGGCGUCGCAGAUUGCAUCGGGAAUGAAAUACCUCGAAUCUAUGGAACUGAUACACCGCGACUUAGCAGCAAGGAACUGCGUGGUGGGCCCGCAGUUCAGCGUGAAGGUGUCGGACCACGCGACCUACUGCUCGCGCUACGACCGCGACUACUACGUCAGCGACACCCAGGCGCGGCUGCCCGUGCGCUGGAUGGCCUGGGAGAGCCUGCUGCUGGGCGAGUACUCGACCAAGAGCGACGUGUGGGCGUUCGGCGUGACGCUGUGGGAGACGCUGACGCUGUGCGCGGUGCAGCCGCUGGCGGAGCUGAGCGACCAGCAGGUGGUGGAGAACUGCAGUCGGUGGCAGCUGGACGACGGCCGCCAGCGCUGCCCCGCGCGGCCCGCCGCCUGUCCCCGGGAGCUCUUCGACCUGAUGGCCGAGUGCUGGCGCCGCGACGCCGCGCUGCGUCCGCGCUUCGCCGAGAUACACCUCUUCCUGCAGCGCAAGAACCUCGGCUACACGCCCACACCCCAGGCGCCGGCGGCUGCGGCGGCGUCGGUUGCGACGCCCGAGCCCGGCUCGCAGCUGGAGGCGGCGCAGCUAAUAUCGCGGCCCCCCGGGGGCGGCGGAGGCGGCGGAGGCGGCGGCUCCGCACGGCCCCGUGUCUCGGCUGAAUACGGAGCGCGUCCCGUCGCGUGCCGUUAUUAUACUCGUAAUAAGGACGUUUAUGUGGAGUCCCCGCGCCCUGAACUGCCGUGCGCGGGCCAACGCUCGGAGGUGCGAGGUGCUGCCUGCGGGGUGUCGGCGUCGCAACCGCAGCCGCAGCAGCAGCCGGCGGAGUGCCGCCACCCCUGCUCUCCGCCGACAAAGGCCAUCGACGGCAUCUCGGCGCACAAUGACGCCCGUCCCGGGGACAAUGGGGGCGCGCGUUCGGCCGCCGAAGCCUGCGACGGGCCGGGGCUGCGCAUUUGA